CGUAAUUCCUUGGGCCAGGAUCAAUUAUCCACCGCACAGUGGAUCCAAAUCUAGACUGUUGACCCGAUGCGAUUACUAUUAUCUCAGACUUUGGUGGCCGGACGGGAAUUCUGCAGGUUUUGACCAUGGCCUGUUAGCAGUGAGCACAAGUUGAGGUAGCUGUGGGCAAGAAGCUCUCUCUACCAUUGAAUCAUUGAUGUCGCCAAGUAAAUGUGGUCUUACAGGGGAUUAUUAUCUCGUCUACUACUCCGUAUCUACAAAUUGGCAUCCGUCGUGUUUUGAGGGAUACACUACCCUCACUUGCCUUCUCACCUCUUUCGCGCCCCGUAUAAGAUGGCAGAUCAGCGGCGGCAGGCUCCAGUGGGCACCAAUGUCUGUCUCCGUCAGCUUGCACUCGGGUCCGUACUGGAUACGCGGCAAUUUGCUCUGGAGAAGUGGAAACUAUGGCUACCUAAUAAUCACUAACCAGUAAUCACACAGUAACUUUAGCCUUCCGAGGUUUGCCCAUGGUAUGGACUGGACCGGGCGCCUGGGUGAAUGGGGCUCGGUCUCGGGGCCUCGGGGGACCAAGGAGAAAUCAAUGGCGAGACUCUUUCGGGAGUUAAGCGAGAGAGAGGACGGCACGAAGAAUUGAGAGGCUCAAGGAGAAUAGCUAGGCACCGCGGUUAGGGGAAGCCUGGAGAAUGAUGAACCUGGCAAUUUCACGAGCAGUUUCAUGAUGAUUACUUCCGAGAAGGGGGGACAAAUCCAACAAGGUCGGCCGGCGCC